GCUCCAGCUCCCAGGCGGACGCCUUGCACAGUGCUCGCAGCGGGAGCCGGAGCCCCGGGAGCCCGAACCCACUGCGGGAGGGCGGCAACACGGCCGGCAACACGGCCGGAGCCACCAUGGCCGAGUUCCCGUCGAAAGUGAGCACGCGGACCAGCAGCCCGGCGCCGGGUGCCGGUGCCUCGGCGUCUGUGCUGCGCCCGGACCUGGGCUUCGUGCGCUCCAGCUUCGGGGUGCUCAUGCUGCUGCAGCUGGCACUGGGGCUGCUGGUGUGGGCCCUGAUUGCCGACACUCCCUACCACCUGUACCCAGCCUAUGGCUGGGUGAUGUUCGUGGCUGUCUUCCUCUGGCUGGUGACAAUCGUCUUCUUCACCAUCUACCUGUUUCAGCUGCACAUGAAGUUAUACAUGGUGCCCUGGCCCCUGGUGUUCAUGAUCUUUAAUGUCACUGCCACUGUUCUCUACAUCACUGCCUUCAUCACCUGCUCUGCGGCAGUGGACCAGACGUCCCUGAAGGGCUCUCGGCCAUAUAACCAGCGUUCUGCUGCCUCUUUCUUCGCCUGUCUGGUGAUGAUCACCUACGGAGUGAGCGCAUUCUUCAGCUUCCAGGCCUGGCGAGGAGAGGGCAGCAACGCAGCCACCAGUCAGAUGGCUGGUGGCUACGCCUAAAGCACCUGUGCCGUGGCCCACCCUGGGGCCGAAACUGCCACUGGGUCACAGUGCAGGGACCCAAGAGCCCGAGGCAGGGCCCUGUGUGGAGUCAGCCCGGUGGGGCCACACCUGCUCCUCCCUGGUCUCCCAGCUCGCCUAAGGACACAGGCCUGAAGUGGCUGUGAGGGCUGGCAAGAGCCAACAGCUGUGACUUCUCCCCCCCACCCCUUAUUCAGCAGGUGACGGGGGUUGUGAGGCUUCAGAGGACUUCAGCAUCCCAGGCUGGGGGCCACCCUUCUCACCAGCACUAAACACACUAACAAAGACAUAGAUCUGCAGCCCUGACCCGCCCUAGUGUGAGCCUAACAAGCCACUCAGACUUAUCUUAGUCUUUGUUCCAGGAGAGGUGAAGAAGCCACACAAACCAUUCUUUCUGAUUCUCCCCUCCCCACAGUAAACCUGUCACCUGUAGGGAGACCGUUUACAGGAAGACAGGAUUUCAGACAUCCUGGUUAUUUAACACGGAUCGGUUUUAAGCACCUUCUCAAUGACGUCAAACCUCUCCGGGUCCCCCUCCCUCGGUCAGUCUCAGCUGUAAUUUUCCCUUUGGGAAAAGCCUACAUCAGUGCCACUGCUUUCCCCCUCGCUGUUGAUUAGUCACAUGGGACACGGAGGGAGGGAAAUAGGACUUUGCCUGGUGAGCUGUCAUGUGGUUGGUCAUGACUUUGUUGUAUAUUUUUUUACAAAAAUAAAGAUGGAAGAGCUUAUUUGGAAAAGAUGUGGGGAAU